GUCGGAGUUCCUGUGAGAAACCUCGCGUGGCGAGCGUCCCGGAGAAAUCAGGAUCUGGAAACUGUUCCCCAAGAAGAAAGCCAUUACUUUGGAACUGGAGAAUUCCUUUACAUUAGAUACUCAAAUGAAAGAAUCACCGACAGAGGAUGAAAGUGACAAGGCAGUGGCACCACAGCUGCCGCAGCUGGACAAAAUUAAGACAGAACCUGACAAUGCUCAGGAGUAUUGUCAAGCCCUACAGUCCAAAACUAAGGAGAAUGAACAGAAAAUAAAUACUACAUUUUCAGACAGUGCUUCACAGAGGACUACAGUCAUCCAGCCUUCUCUGGCAUCAUCUAGCAUGCAUAAAAUGCUUCCUUCAGUUUCAACCACAGCUGUUCAGGUUUCCUGUUCUGGUUGUAAAAAAGUUCUCCAGAAGGGGCAAACUGCUUAUCAGAGAAAAGGAUCUACUCAGCUUUUCUGCUCCACACCAUGCAUCACUGAAUACAUUUCAUCUGGCAGUUCAUCGGCUCUUCCCAAGAGAGCUUGUGCAAACUGCUCAAAAGACAUUUUAAAUCUAAAGGAUGUCAUCAGUGUCCAGCUGAAAGAUACUACCUCUAGCAAAAAUUUUUGCAGCCAAUCUUGUCUAAGAAAACUAUCUGUUAAUUUGUACACUGACAGCAUUUCAAUCAAAUGCAGCAUGUGUCCGAAGACUACUCUUAGUCAGUAUGAAGUAGAAUACCAGAAUGUGAAAUAUACACUUUGCAGUAAUGCCUGUUUAUUAAAGUUUCACUCUGCCAACAACCUCAUCAUGAACUGUUGUGAGAACUGUGGAGCUUACUGUUACACUAGUUCUGAUUUGUUCCAUAUACUUCAAAUGGAAGGACAGUCCCAUUACUUAAAUAGUUCAAAGAGUAUAACAGCAUGUCAGCAGAAACCAGCCAGGACACUUACAUCUGAUCUUUGCAAAUCACUGAAGUCGUCAGAUGAAAUGAUUGAGAUUACCAAUGACUUGGGGAAGACAGAGCUUUUCUGCUCUGUUGAUUGUUUCUCUGCUUACAGUAAAGCUCAGAUGGAAUCGUCUACAGUAAAUGUUCCCAUGGUGCAUGAUACUUCAAUAGAGCUCCUUUCUCCAGAGAAACAUCUUUCUUCGAAGAAAGAUACAACUCCUGUUAUAAGCAAUAUUGUGUCAUUGGCAGAUACUCAUGUUGCCCCACCCAUCAUGAACUCUGAUGUCUUACAAGGUACAGUUUCUUCAGUAAGAGGAAAUGUCCUAUUGGAUGUAUUUAAGAGUUCACCCAGCGAGUCAAGCAGUGAUGUCGCUAAUAGCGUGGAACAGUCAAGCCUUUCACCAUCUUCAUCAGUACUCAGUCAGUAUAUAUCCAGUAUAGAAGUACAGAAAGAUCAGGUGUCAAAUCAAGAUGAUACACUCAAUAAGAAAUCUAUGAAAAUAAGAAAUAGACUAUGUUACCCAAAAUUUACAACCAAAGUACAAAAAGUUAAAGGUAAAUCCCAAAGUAUUAAAACAUUUUGGUGUUCAAAUUUUCAGAAGUUAGACACCACUAGUAAAAAGGGUAUGACAUUCUGUUAUUCGUGCCAGUUAUUCUGCCAAAAAGCACAUAGCUAUGGAAGACAGUCAUUUGCCACCCAAGGAAUUUCUAAUUGGAAAAAAACUCUGAAAAAUUUCAGAAAGCAUGAAAAAAGUAUAAUGCAUUUGAAGUCAUUACAAUUUUGGAGGGAAUACCAGUUUUGUGAUGAAGCUGUCCAUGGUAAUUUAUCUAUUCAUUCAAGACAGAUUGAAGGAAAUAAAACAUACCUAAAGCUUAUAAUUGAAAAUAUUGUAUUUCUUGGAAAGCAGUGUUUACCCUUAAGAGAAAAGGACCAGUCUAUUUCAUCUGUGAAUAAAGGCCAUUUUUUAGAAUUGUUAGAAAUCAGAGCAAAAGAUAAGGGAGAAGAAAUAUUUAGACUUAUGAAUUCUCAAGUUGACUUCUAUAAUAGUACGCAAAUUCAAAAUGGUAUUAUUGAAAUAAUAAAGACUGAAAUGUUGCAAGAUAUUGUGAAUGAAAUCAAUAUCUCCUCAGCUUUUUCAAUAAUAUGUGAUGAGGCAACUUAUAGUACCACUAAACAACAGUUUUCAAUUUGUGUGAGAUAUCCACAAAAAAUUUCAGAGGCUAUCUUAAUUAAAGAAAGAUUCCUGGGUUUCAUAGAUGUUGAAGAAAUGACUGGAACCAACUUACACAGUACUAUCACAACUUACCUGCAACAAAUUGGAGUUGAUUUAAAUAAAAUACGAGGCCAGGCCUAUGAUAGUACCACUAAUUUGAGGGGAAAAUUCAAUAAAAGUGCAGCAGAAUUCAAGAAGGAAGAGCCAAGAGCUUUAUACAUACAUUGUUAUGCCCAUUUUUUGGAUUUAGCAGUAAUUAGGUUUUGUAGAGAAGUAAAAGAACUCCGAAGUGCUCUAAAUACUCUCAGUUCUUUGUUCAACACUAUUCAUAUGUCUGGGGAAAUGUCUGAAAAUUUUCAAAAGAUUUGUAAGCUGAGUCAAAAUAAAACAUGCAAGAAACAUGUAUCACAAUCAUGUUGGACACUGCAUGAUCAUACAUUACUAUCUGUGAUUGAGGGUCUUCCAGAGAUUAUUGAAACAUUGGAAGUUGUAUCAAACCAUUCUUCUAACACAGGUUUGGCUGAUGAACUGAGUGAUUUGUUGACAUUGGUUUCCAAAUUUGAAUUUAUCUUUUGUUUGAAGUUUCUUUAUCAAGUAUUAAGUGUUACAGGAAUUCUUUCCAAAGAGCUUCGAAGUGAAACCACAGACACUUUUUCGUUGUCUUCAAAAAUAGAAGCAAUUUUGGAAUGUUUAUCAUCUGAAAGAAAUGAUGUUUCUUUCAAAAUUAUCUGGGAUGGAGCAGAAGAAAUAUGUCAAAAAAUAACCUGUAAAGGUUUUGAAGUUGAAAGACCUUCUUUUCAUAAAAGAAGAAAAAUUCAGAAAAAAAUAGAUCUUGGCAAUUCAGACAGUAUGUUUUCUCCUACUUCAACAGAAGAACAAUAUAAAAUUAAUCUUUAUUACAAAGGAUUAGAUACUGUGUUACAGAAUUUAAAACUAUGUUUUUCAGAAUUUGAUUAUUGCAAAGUGAAGCAGAUUUCAGAACUAUUAUUUAAAUGGAAUGAACCAUUAAAUGAAGCAACAGCCAAACAUGUGCAAGAAUUUUACAAACUUGAUGCAGAUAUCAUCCCAGAACUUAGAUUUUAUCGGCAAUAUGCAAAGCUCAACUUUGUCAUGGAUAAUGAUCAUAUCAACUUUAUCAAUCUUGCCUAUUGGUUUAUUCAGCAUGGUCUUCAUAACAAUAUUCCUUGCAUAUCAAAGCUACUGUAUAUUGCUUUGUCUUGGCCAGUUACUUCAGCAAGUGUUGAAAACUCAUUUUCUGUACUGUCUCGUCUUAAAACAUAUUUAUGUCAUACCAUGGGACAAGAGAAGUUUAGUGGCUUGGCCCUAAUGGCUGUUGAACAGGAAUUAGUAAAUAAACUGCUGGAGCCUGAAAGACUCAAUGGAAUUGUGGAAAAGUUUAUGUCAGAUGAAAGAAAUACAGUAUUUACUCAUUGAAUUACCUGGAAGAAUUUUGUAUUUCUAUUGGAAUUUAAGGUUUUAU